AUGGUAGGGACAAACCACAAACGCGGGUCGCAUGAUGAAGGUCCGAUGCGAAGCGGCGAAGAUGGAUCAACAUCAGUACUCGAGCAAACAAAACCUGCUGGCUUCUAUAGGCAACAUAUCCUGCUGAGCGAUGCUCAGCACGAAGGAAUGUCACUGACAGACACGUUUUUGUAUAACCAUGACUUGAAACCUGUUGAGCAGAAAAGGCGCUUGUGGUCUGCGUUCAACUUUGUCUGCUUCUGGACCGCGGAUAGCAUCAAUUUGAAUAAUUUCCAGGUUGCUGCAACGGGGUUGCAGUUGGGCUUAACAUGGUGGCAGUGUUGGCUAAGUAUAUGGAUUGGAUACUUUCUCGCCGGCACACUAGUUGUACUGACAUCUAGAAUUGGCAGUCACUAUCACAUUUCAUUCCCAGUGGUAAUCCGUUCGUCCUUUGGAAUAUUCUUCUCUCUAUGGCCGGUACUGAACAGGGUGAUGUUGGCUGUGAUCUGGUACUCGGUUCAGUGCUUCGUUUCUGUUGGCCCCGUGUCCGUUGCACUUAAGGCUAUCUUUGGCAAAGACCUUGAGCAGCGGAUUCCAUCCCACAUCAACAACCCUAAUUUGACGACUUACCAGCUAAUAUGUUUCCUCAUCUUUUGGACAUUCUCUUUUCCCUUCCUACUAGUGUCACCACACAAGAUCAGACAUUUAUUCACAGUUAAGGCUGUAAUUGUUCCGAUUGCAUCCAUCGCGAUGCUGUUUUGGGUACUUUCGAAGUCUGACUGGCAAAUAGAGCUGGGCUCUCUUACCGGGAGCACACCGGUAAGAACCAGUGUCGGAUGGGCGUUCGUUCGCUCCACCAUGACCUGCUUAGCAAACUUUGCCACACUGAUCAUCAAUUUACCCGAUUUUGCAAGGUUCGCGAAGACCAGACGCUCGGCCCUGUGGUCACAGUUGAUCUCCAUUCCGCUUUUAUUUUCUGUCACAUCCCUUGUUGGACUCCUGACGAACGCUGCGGGAUACAAAAUCUUCGCAGUUAAUUACUGGUCCCCCAUGGAAGUGAUUGAACGGAUACUCGAAACUCACUAUACCGCUGCAACUAGGGCAGGUGCUUUUUUUAUUGCGGUUGCAUUUAUGCUGGCGCAGCUAGGUACUAACAUCUGCGCCAACUCCCUGGCCGCAGGUACAGAUAUGACGGCACUGCUCCCCCGGUUUAUCAACAUCAGGCGUGGUUCGAUCAUCUGUGCAAUUCUUGCAUGGUGUAUCUGUCCUUGGAACCUUAUGUCUUCUUCGUCGCGGUUCACCGAAACACUUAGUGCAUACGCAAUUUUCCUCUCUACGAUUGGCGGUGUCAUGAUUGCCGACUACUAUCUCGUAAGGAGAGGCUCCUUGAAGCUAACGCACCUCUACUCCGCAAAACCGAGUUCCUACUACAUGUACGGCACCAAAUUCGGCAUUAACUUCCGUGCUCUUGCUGCGUACGCAGUCGGAAUUGCACCAUGUAUGCCAGGCUUUAUUGCCUCUGUUGCAGACAACGUCACAAUCCCGAAAUGGCUAAUGCGUGUCUAUUAUUUGAACUAUUGGGUAGGGUUCGGCCUUGCGUUCGUGGUUUACACUGCGUUGAGCUACGUCAACCCCCCCAAGGGCAUCCCUAUGCGCAAAUUCCUCACCGAACGCGGAUGGUAUGAGAAGUGGGCCGAAGUGGAAGAUUUCGAGGAGGAGUGGCUUGGUAGGGCUCACACACCAAGUGUGCUGCUCGAUCAAGUUAGCAGUGACACAUCUCUAGGCUCCCUACGGGACAAAAAGGUAUGA